CUGAGGUCUGAGCGGCAGACCGUCUCGAGACGUUUCUCCUCCUCGCCAACCGUCGCCGCAGCAGUUCAGUGUGUCAGUGGUCCUAUGAGCAGCAGUGAUGAGCAGCAGAAGCCGCAGGUCCUGUACAAAGGGUCGCUCCAGCUGUUUGGGACGUAAAGGUCGUUUCUCCAGGGUGAAUCUACAGAAGCCUGGAUGGACAAAAGACGAGGAUGAGAAGCUGCACAGGCUGGUGAAGGAGUUCGGGUCAAACAGCUGGUCGUCAAUUUCUCUGCAUUUUAAAGGUCAGAGGUCAGAUGUGGAGUGUCAGCGGAGGUGGCAGCACAUAAAAAAUCCAGAGCUGGUCAAAGGUCCCUGGACUCAGGAGGAGGAUGAGAGGGUCCUCGAGCUGGUUCAGAAGUACGGCGUGAAGCGCUGGUCGCUUAUCGCCAAACACCUGCGCACUCGUAACGGGAAGCAAUGCCGCGAGCGCUGGCACAACCACCUGAACCCGACGGUGAAGAAGAGCGGCUGGACGCAGGAGGAGGACCGCGUCAUCUGUCAGGCCCACAGGCUGCUGGGAAACCGCUGGGCCGACAUCUCCAAGCUGCUGCCCGGCAGGACAGACAACUCCAUCAAAAACCACUGGAACUCCACCCUGAAGAGGAAGGUGGAGAAGGAGGGAUACCUGCAGGUCCUGCACCUCCACAACUCCUCCAUCACCUCCUAUACCUCCUCCAGGUCCUCUUCCUCCCCCAGCAAAGCCAACAUCCCCACAAAGCAGGGAGACAGUCUGUCCAGUGUGAAGGAGGAGUCCUGCUGCUCCUCCAGCGCUCACCUGUGCUCCGUCUGCGUCCCCGCCUCCUCCUCAGGUUACAGCUCCUCACUGAGCAUGUGCGAGCUGACGGCGUCUUCGGAGCUGAUGGAGAACACAGGGAGCUGGAGCUGUGGCCCACAGGAAGUGACCUCAUCGCUCUCCACCUGUCUGUUCAGAGACGAGGCCGACCCGUCAGUCAUGGAUCUGAGCAGGAGUUAUGUUGCAGGAAUGAGGGAGCAGCUGGUGAACCGUGAGGAUGGAGCCUCCUUCAUCAGCAGCACCGUGGGGGCUCUGACCUUCUCCCCCUCUGAGCUCCUCAGCCUGUGCGGUGUGGAGGAUCUGAAGUUACAGCGCCCGGCUCUCACCUCCACCCCCGUCUGCUCCCUGAAACACUCCACCAGCACCAGACGGGACCAGACGUCCUCAGACACCAGAGACAGUAUGAGAGCGCUGUGGACGCCGGCCCCUCAAACACCGACCCCACUGAAGAUGAUCAACAGGAGGCAGGAUGAGGUGUCCGUUUGUUGGAGCAGGAUGAUGAAUCUGACGUGGGAGGAGCCAAGUGUUGAUCCUGAUGGUCAGCAGUCCAGCAGCAGCUCUGAGGUCCAGGGAGAGAGUCUGCUGAGCUCCAUCCUGCAGGUUCAGGGAGAGUCCCGAUCUGUUUCACAGGAUCAGGAGGAGUCCAACUCCUCCUCAAAGGUCCAGGGAGAAUCCAGCCCUUGCUCAGGGGUCCAGAUAGAGUCCAGUUCUGCUCUACAGGUCCAGGGAGAGCCCAACACUGCUCUACAGGUCCAGGGAGAGUCCAGAUGUGUUUCACAGGACCAGGACGAGUCCAGCUCUGACUCAGGGGUCCAGGAAGAGCCCAGCUCUGCUCUACAGGUCCAGGAAGAGUCCAGUUCUAGUCUGCAGGUCCAGGGAGAGUCCAGUUCUAGUCUGCAGGUCCAGGGAGAGUUCAGCUCUGUCCCGGGCUGUGAGGAGUGUGGCUGCUUCCCGUUGGACGGACAGGUGGAGGUGUGGUGGUGUCAGCAGCCAGUCGGGUACUUGCACUCACCAGAAUGUCCUGCAUACAGACUGAAUCCCUUUGAGCGGAGCGGCGAGUUACAGCUGGUGAUGUUUGGGAAAACAGACGAUCAGAUGAGUCUGACGGAGCAGGCCCGCCUCUACGUGGAGCCGUGAUCAUCUUCAUCAUCGUCAUCAUCGGCCGAUCAUCUUCAUCAUCAUCUUCAUCAGCUGCCCAGGAGACGACCUGUGGAUGAAACUCGACGCUGUGACUCUUUUUAUGAUUAAUUUAUUAUAAACUGGUUAUUAUUGAGUCCAGCGGUGAAUCAUGAGUCAGCAUUUUGAUCCCUCGACGUUCACUGCACAGUGCCUUUAUUGAUUUAUUAAGCAGUCGACAUUUAUUGAUUUUUUUAAUGUAAUUUUAUUUAAUAGGUAUUUUUACAAAAAACAUGACAUUUUCAUGAUAUAAACAUUUUUAAAUAUUUCUUGUAGUUUUA